AUGCACCUCGACCACAAAAUCCCCUGGACCACCGCCUCCUCGCACUUCUCUCUCAUCCACAACAAUCCCAAAUUCACCCCCCACCGCACCGGUCUCUUCCCCCGCAAUCGCCCCGCCCAAUCCAACGAUCUCAACCACUUCAUUCGCGUCGUGGUCGCCACGAUCCGCGAGUUUUCCAACACGCAGCGGUCCAAAGCCACAUCUACUACUUCUGUUUCUGGAAAGCUGUUUUCAGACACACUUCUCUUCUAUCCCGAGCGGAAAUAUGGAUUAGGGGAGUAUGAGACGAGUUCUGCACUGCAUAAUCCUCUGUCCGAGAAACAUCAACAUGUGGAGUACUGGAUUGAGCGUGCGGGUGGUUCUGAGCGUCCGGUAGAAGAACUGGGCUAUUCGAGUGGCGAUGGGGAUCUUUCUGAUGCCGUAAAGAUGCUCGUCAUUCUUGCUGCGAAUACAGAUAAGGAUGACGAAUCGCGAGAAGUAGCCAUCGAGGCAUUCUCUGUUUUACUUACUCUAUCUCGACAUCCGAAAGUGCCGCUUCACCAACUAAAAGCCAUCCAUUGGGGCCACGCAUUUGGAGUAGGCUUAGUGGGUGAUUUUGCGCUGGAUGCAUACCUUCUGCUGAAUCUCGUCGAUGCGGUACUUUCUCGCAGUCGAAUUGAAAAUACACUCAAGAAAGAAGUCUCAAUCCUAGAAAUGGAUUCCUUUCGUCACUUCGCCAAUAAUGCACUCCCGGACUACGACUAUCCGACUCAAAACGUCCCCCAUCGCGCGUUCUGGAAUCCACUCGGCGUUACAGAUGGUUGGGCGUAUGAGCAGAUCGAGGCAGUUGAUCCGUUGACCUGUGAGGAUCCAGAUGUUCUGGGGAAGUUGAAGGAGUAUUUGAAACUGUGCUUCGCACUGGUAUACGUGUAUGAUGCGUUAUUGGUGGAAUGGCAUGGAGAGGAAGAAGCAGACGCGCAUUGGAAGGAGGUGAUGGUGGGCUUUUUGGGGGUUUGUGGGUGUAACCGUGACUGGGAUCGACUGGAGGUUGUAUAG